AUGAAGACCCCGAGGUAUUCGACUUCGCGACAGAAAGCCUGCCAGCAAUGUUCCGUGGCAAAAGCCAAGUGCGAUCGCAAAGUUACAGGUUGUACCAGAUGUGCAGAGCGCAAGCUCUCAUGUGCAUACUCCCAGAUACGCGGCUCAAAAGAAUUCGAGCCAAGACCACCUAGCCCGGAUUCUAUACCCGAUUCUCUGGUCCCAAGCCUUGGUGCGCUGCCACCAAACAGCCCCUCAAAAGCUUGGACAGUACCUUGGGCACAGCCAAUGAGGCAACCCGAACACGUUGAUACUGCACAGUCCAGUAUGAAACCUUCAAAUCCAGUGUCCUUGUCCAAGUUUCCCGGGCUUGACUUUUCAAAGCUCGAGCUUUUUUGUCCGAUCGAUGCCGAUGAGAUUACCACCCGCUGGAUGAAUGUUUACAUUCCAGUUCCUGGACAGACAAUCAAGCAACAUCCUGUUGAGAUCUCCAAUUUUAUUUCCCGGAUCUUGAAAUCUUAUGCAGCUGUCGCAGCUCGUGGUCGUGGAAUGCUACCAUUCAUCCACCCCUCACAAAUACCAGAACAACCGGCAGGCUCGCCUUUGACAACCUGCUUAAGUUUGAUUCGAAUAUGCGAAAACCCAUUAGCAGGAAGUGAAGGUAACACUGCGCUGGUACUUCAGCGGGAGAUGGACAGCAUCAUGGAACUCCAUGAAAGCUAUAAUGGUCUUUUUCUUUUAGGUGCAUUUCAAGCCUAUCUCAUUUACUGUCUCGCUUUGUUGUUCAAACUCGAUCAGGGACCCAAACUUCAACUUCGUUCAGCCACAAUGAAUCUACAGAUUCUCGCCAACCUUUCGUCUAAACAGGGACUUAUGUGUGUAGCCGACCAGCAUCAUACACGUCCUCGAUGGGAAGAAUGGAUUGUCACCGAGACAAAGCGGCGAACACUUUACGUAAUGUAUCUCCUCGACUGUGUUCUCUCCACGCAGGAAGGACUUCCUACCUUCCUUGCGACAGAAUUACAUGGACUCCCUGUGCCUUCCAGUAAAUAUCUUUGGAACGCUCAAUCGCGAAGUGACUGGGAACGAGAAUACAAUAUUCAUCUAGCGGAAUGGACGGACAGAAGUCUUUCUAUUGAUGAGCUGUGGCCGAUUCCUACAGAUAUGGAUGAACUUGAUAUUGCAGAAAGACGAAGUAGAGUUGAUCGCUGGUUGGAAGACGUUGAUGAAUUUGGGACUAUGCUCUACGCGGUGACAUCUUGUACUCAUGGAGGAUAG